AUGCCCGGUGAAGAAAUCGAUCGAUCUCUGCUAUGGAAGAAGGCAAGAGAAGAUAAACAGGGAAACAUCCCUGAUCCAAAAGUUGCAAAGAAGACAAAAUUAAUCGAUGAUUUGAAAAAACAAGUCUCCGAGGACACUCUAACUGUCUCUGGGAGCAACGAUGUUUUGACCUUGGCUUUGGGAACCCCUGAGCAUGGUGGUAGAGUCAGAGGUGUUGGAACUGGGGUUUCCUCAACUCAAUUCUUCAAUUUGUCGAGAGAGCAGAGAGUAAAAUUUGCUGACAAAUUGAAGGAAAGUGUUAUGGAACCAGUGAGAGAGGAAACCAAAAAGAUGGAUGCCAGGGCAAAGGAAAGUGUUAUGGAGGCAGUCAGAGCAGAGAGGGAAUUUUUGUUGAAACAAUUCAGUCAACUAAUUCCCAACUUUGAUCCCAACUUGCUCGGUAAAACUCCAACUACACCAAUUACUCCAAUUCUUCCAAUUCCUCAAGAGCAAAGCCCAAAAAAUCCAAUGUCUGACAAAGCAAGUUGCUCUAAUGUGAAAGCCCUUGAAUUGGAUGAAGACAAUCCCACAAAUGAUGUUGAUGCUCCUGAAAAUCGUCAAGAUGAAACACGACGUUAUAACAUUUACACGACUGUUAUGCAUUUAUCGUCGUCUAUAACCUUUACCCGGCACUCCUCUGUUAGCCCUAUGCCAAUAUGUCGAGACCAAGUUGAAGCAUCUAACGAGACCAUUAGAAUUCACAUGCCAGAGGAAAUGUUUGGCACUGAUCAUGAUACCUGGCUUUUGAGUGAAGACAUUUUACAGUUUGCUUCCAUGGUUGAGAUUGGAUCCACAGUGAUUGCAGUAUACAUGAGGGGUCAUUGGAUGUUAAUAAUUGUGAGACCAGCUAAGGAGACUGUCUAUUACAUGGAUUCAUUGCCUAACCGCUUUGUUGACAAGGACGUGAGAAAUAUAGUGAAUACUUCAAUCAAAAUGUAUAACUCUCACACAGGAAAACAAUCAUCAUGUAAAUCACCCAUAUGGAAAAAUCUACAAGGCACUCCUAGACAACCAACAAAUGUAGAGUGUGGCUAUUACGUGAUGCGUUUCAUGAGAGAUAUAAUUCAUGAUCCAGGCCUAGCAUUUGAGAAGAAGUUUGACAAGAAAAAGGAACCAGUUGUGUAUACUCAAGAACAUAUUGACGAAGUCAGGCUGGAAUGGGCAAAAUUCGUGAAAAAGCAAUUACAGAACAAUAAGUGA